AUGGCGGCAUCACUAUUCACCUUCUCCUCCACUUCUAGAAGAGUCGUCCUAGCUCCAAACUCUCCUCCUCUUCCCAUAUACAUCAAAGCCAUAAAACUCGUCUUCAACCCUGAUAUACCAGAUGUUCAUCGAGGUCUUGGACUUGAUGAUUUUGUCAAUUUCUUAGUCUCCUGCCGACUUCGAUACACAAUCAGUGACGUUCCAUCAGAGUUCUUUCUCGAACAAGUAUGUGAGUUCUACUACACUGCAAUGGUUAAUGAUGAAAACAACGUCAUCUCCGGGACUAUUGGCCGUGGCAGACACUCGGUCUUUAUCACCGCUGACCUCCUCAAUGCUGCGCUCAGGUUACCAAUCUUUGAACCAUUCUGUAAGCUUCCAACUAUUGAACGCUGUCGACGCCUCUUUGAUCAACUGGGCUAUGAUCACUCAAAGGCUGGUGCUCGAUCAGCUCUCAUUCUGCGUCAAUGUAUGACUCCAGGAUGGAAGUUACCAAUCUUUGAACCAUUCUGUAAGCUUCCAACUAUUGAACGCUGUCGAUGUCUCUUUGAUCAACUGGGCUAUGAUCACUCAAAGGCUGGUGCUCGAUCAGCUCUCAUUCUGCGUCAAUGUAUGACUCCAGGAUGGAAGUUCUUCACCGGGGCUCUGUGUAAAUGUGUGGGUCAUAAAUCUCGCAGUGGUGAUCAACUGAGCACUUAUGAGCAACAAGUUGUCUGUUCCCUUCUUCUCAACAAACGUCUUGAUUAUGGGGCUUUCUUCUUUGAUCAGCUUGUCCAACUUCUUCGUGCAAAUGUACGCGCUGAUCAUGUCCCCUUUCCACGCUGGAUUGCUCUUGUCCUGGAUAAAUUUUUCGUUGAAGCCUACUACUCCCACUCUAGAAACCCCAUUCAAUGCCCACGCAUGUUAGUGCGUAUGUAUCAGGAUGAUCCAAUGGAAACUGAUAUUGGCAUCUCUGAUCAAAUGAGAGAAUGGAUCGCAAAUCCAUAUACUGUUCCUUCACUAACCGCUAAUACUGAUGAAGGAGCUGAUGAUAACAACGAAGAUCAUGCUGAUCAACAAGAUAAAACGGUUCACUCAACUCAAGGGGAGCAACCAUCUCACGGGGAGCAACGAUCUCAGGUGGAGCACCCAUCCCAGGGGGCGCAACCUUCUCCGGGGGAGCAACCUCGCUCACACGAAGUUCCAGGUACUCAAUUCCUUCAUAUAUCGGCCUCAGCAUUUAAUGAGCUUCUUACACUGACUCGGGACAUGAGUCAACGUCUUCUACGAAUUGAGGCCGAUGUCCACCAACUGAAGGGAGUUCUUUUGCCAACUCCUUCCCCUGGCCCACAACAUGAUGAUGAUCAAAAAGGGGGAGAAACUGAUGAUGACAAACAAGGGGGAGAAAUUGAUGAUGAUCAAAAGGAGGGAGACAUUGAAUCUGUUGAGCUCGGAUCUGAGGAUAACAUUUUAAACUAG